AUGAUUUGGAACAAGUUUAUUAUAGAUCCUACUUUCACUGUGGUGGAGACAACUCACUAUCCGACGAGCAAGAUCCCGUUCCCAGCGGUAAUCGUGUGCGACACGGAAAUGGUGUACGGACCGAGCACGAACAAUAUCAAAGAUAUACUACGUCUUCGGGGAUUUCAAAACGAACAAAUUGAUGAUUUCUUUAGAAGCUUAACAGAUAUUAAACUAAUAGGAUACGAAAUACAACCUCAUGUUAAGAAAAUGCACUCAAUCUUGGAAAGUCUUGGUUAUACAUAUAAUGAUCUGUUAAAUACAUUCAAGAAGCCAUGUGAAGUUUUGAUAGAGAAAUGUGUUUGGCGAUCAAAGCUCAUUAAUUGCUCGGAAAUGUUUCGUACAGUGCUGACAUAUCUUGGCUACUGUUGUAAAUUUGAUUUGACUUAUUUUAGUUUGCACGCUGAAGAAGGAACGAAUUUCGCAGGAGGUACAGAGAUAACUGAAGGCUUAGAUAUCACAGUAAAUACAGAUAAAUAUUUUAGCAGCGGCAAUAAGAGUGAUGGAUAUGCAUCAUUGUAUGUCAUCGACAAGGACGACAAGAUAACGAUCUUAGACAACGCUAUAACAAUCACAAGUGGGGCAUAUUUCGAUGCCACAAUCACUGUGUGGCUAAUGGAUUCAUCCGCAGAUGUUAAAGCUCUCUCGCUAUCUAACAGAAAGUGUUUUCUUGAUACUGAUUUAAAAACUGGAGCUACUUCUUAUCAAAACUGUAUGAUGAAUUUAGUUAUGAAGAAAAUCAUCGAAUAUUGUCAAUGUAUACCUUUUAACUUUGAAGCCAGCAUAUUGUCUGUUGAAGAUUUUCCUGCGUGCUCGUGGGGCCGGCUUAAUUGUGUUUAUGAUUCUUUGGAAUUUAUUCAAGGGAACAUACGUGAAGUCGUUUCUCAUAAUGAUUGCUAUCAGAACUGUGAUUAUAUCGAGUAUGAAACAGAAGUGGAAUAUUUAAAACGAGACCGAACAAUUAGAAUUCCUCGAACAAACAGUCGCGUAACUGUUCAUUUUGAAGACAAUAGUUGUAUGAAGUACAGACGAGAAGUGCUGUACACGUGGGAUCAGAUGUUGGGUAUGUACUGGUAA